CAUGCAAGCGAUACUACUUACUCUGUUUUGGCCCCCAAAUCUCUUUACGCUACUGGCUCCAUUCCAGCCAGAACUAUCCCAUAUAUGAUUAUACAAACAUCAGGCUCUCCAAUGGUCGAAGUGCUUUGUCGUUUGACCAUUAUGUGACACGCAGAUGAUAGUCUUGUCGCAUGUUAAUACUCUGUCUUUCUAUCAACCAAUCAGACAGACUUUGUAGGAUAAAACGAGCCGUGGGCCCUCGAUUUCAUGACUCGUAUCAAAACGUUAGUUUGCUUUCAGACACGGCCAUGACUAAAGAUUGGAAUUUUGAGAUACGAAAACCCUGCUCUCUUGACUGAGCGGUAACGAACGGUGGCCAAGAGCUGAAAGGUCAACGGCAUAUUGUUACCCCGCUCGCCUGUCUAUUUAAACCAGUAAAUCUGACAAGCAAACGAUCGAGCGAUUCGACAUAUCAGGUCGAUGAAUUGACUGACGCGACCUAAGUGAGUAAGGACAUUGAUGCGAACAGGCAGCUAGUUAUCGACAGCUGGAUUGGCCGUUUUUUGCCCUCAACAUGGCUCUCGCAGACGUAGUCUCGAAGCUCUACUCGACCGAGAUCAAUAUGAUGCAAUGUAUCACGACGAUCAUCGCUGUAAUCAGCGUCUCGAUUAUCGUGGCACUCACUCGAUGGACGUUAGGGACUCUGCGACCAAAGAAUUUCCCACCAGGUCCCCGAGUAACUCCAGGUUUGGGAAAUCUGCUUCAAAUGCCAAUCUCCAAAUCAUAUCUCACAUUCCACAAAUGGUACAAAACGUAUGGGGACCUCGUCGGGUUAAAAGUCGGAACCGCGAAUAUGGUCAUCAUCAACUCUCCCGAGGUUGUGACCGAGCUUUUCGAUAAAAGGGGUGCCUCCUACUCCGGCCGCCCGUACAAUUACAUUCUUUGUAAUCACGUUUUCCCGUCGGAUGGGGAUAAAGCUCUGGCGAUCUUGCCUUACAAUUCUUACCAAAGACGCUUACGCAAAAGUCUCACCUAUAUCCUCAGUUCUAGCGGUAUCUCGAGGGUGAUGCCCAUUCUUGAAGCCGAAGCUGCCAAUCUCAGUCGCCUGUGUCUCGAUGGCGGAGAUAAUUAUGUCCGGAAUCUAUACUACUGGUCCAUCUCUGGCCCACUGGCUAUCACUUGUGGAAAACGAAUGGAUGAUCUUCCAGGAGACUACACGAAAGCCUUUCUUGCGGCCCAGAAAGCCCUACUAGAUCUCCUUGUUCCGGGUGUCGCCCCUCCCGUCGAUGUGUUUCCGAUACUCAAGUACGUUCCUGAGUGGAUGGGCGCCUCAUGGAAGGCCGAUGCACGUAAGGCGCACGCCAUGCAUUUGACAGAUCGCACAAUGUAUUUGAACUACGGUAAAGAACAGCGAGAUACCCUUAAGAAGGACCCUAGCUCUGUUGGGUUCGCUUCCUUGUUGGCGAAGAUAAUGGAGGAUAUGGAAACAAAGCCUGGUGCUCCCAAAUUCUCAGAUGUCGAGCUGGCGCACAUGGGCGCCAAUAUUACAGGCGCUGCGGUUGAUACAACUGUCGCUACUUUCAAGAGCUUGAUGGUGUUUCUCGCCUGUUACCCUGAAGUGAUGCGAAAAGUUCAAGCUGAAGUCGAUCGCGUUGGAAACGGCAAACCUCCCACUUCCGAUAAGCUCGACCAACUUGUAUACCUUCAAGCAUGCAUAUCCGAGACUCUUCGCUUACGCCCUACCACCCCUAGUGCUCUCCCACAUACAAUCGAGAAGGAUGAUCACUUCCGAGGCUAUGUCUUCCCCAAAGGAACCACUUUCCUCAUCAAUGCAUGGACUAUGAAUAACAACGAGGAAGACUACGAUCGCCCCGAAGAGUGGGUGCCGGAGAGAUUUCUUGAAAAUUCCUACGGACUACGUCCCGAGCGGUUUGCAGCUCUCGCAAAAGCGAUUGGCGCCACAGACACUACAUCUGGUGACAAGACAACAUCUCAGCCUGUGUCUCUAGGAUCCCGCCGUGUAUUGUACACUUUCGGUUCUGGAAGACGUAUUUGUCCUGGCGUCGAGUUUGCCACUACGUCUCUUCUACUCGCUGCAUCAAAGCUGCUGUGGGCAUACGAUAUUUUGCCUCCCCCCGGGGGUGUCGAUGUUAGUAUUGAGACAGGUUUUGAAGAUGGUGUAGUGAUUCAGCCAAAGAAUCCGCUGAUUAUUCCAAAACUGCGCGACGAUAUGCGCAAACAAGGUCUGAUGGAGGAUUAUGAGCGCACUCAAGCCAUUGCCCAUAGCCUUAUUCCAUAG